AUGCUCUCAAUCCUUGCACAACUCAGUCUCGGGGCUCUCGCAUCCUUCGUUUUAUGGUGGAUAUAUCGUCGCGUCAAUACUGUCUCCGUCUCUGGUGUUCCUGGACCCAAGGCUGAGUCUCUCUGGCUCGGUAACUUACGCCAGCUCUUGCGAGAAGAAGUCGGCGAAACCGAUCAUCAGUGGAGGAGAGCAUUCGGGAACAUCGUCCGUUUUAAGGCUCCAUUUGGCGAAGACCGCCUAUGGAUUUCAGAUCCCAAAACGAUUCAAUACAUUCUCAAUACCUCGAGGUAUUACUUUGUGAAGCCGUACGAUGCGAGGUUUCUCUUGAACGCAGCGACCGGAAAUGGAAUUAUUGGCGCAGAGGGCGAAAGCCACGUCAGGAUGCGUCGCGUUCUGAGCCCUGCGUUUGGAAUCAAAGAGUCUAAAGCGCUUGUUCCUCUCUUUCGAGAGUCUGUCCAAACCUUGAUCGAGCAACUAGAGGACUCAAUAGCUCAGAACCCACAUGGUUCAUAUGUUGUAAACAUACCCACGGUCGUAGGUCGCGCUAAUCUCGACGCCCUUGGAAAGGCUGCGUUCGAAUAUGAUUUUGGAUCUUUGCGAGGCAAGAAUACCGAGCUGGAAGAAUCAUUGCAUCAGUUCACAGCGAAAGGCUAUGGCCUACCAUCGAACUGGAAGCUAUUUAUGCAGGGUAUCAUGGCGCAUGCACCUCCGCGACUACUGAAUAUGAUGACAUACUACCCUAGCGAGAGUCUGGAGUUCCUGCAGAGGCAUGUUAGAUUGAGCAACGACAUAUCAAAGACGUUGCUCUCGCAAAAGCAGAACGCGCUCGAGGAAGGGAAUCUAGGCAAGGACGUGUUGAGCCUCGUUGUCAAGGCCAAUCUGUCUGAGACCGAAAAACACCGAUUGGAAGACGAGGAGGUCAUUCCACAGCUGUCAUCGAUUCUGAGUGCAGGAUAUGAAACGACGACUAAUUCGAUCGGAUGGAUUCUUUUUGAACUCGCGAGGCAUCCGGAGAAACAAAGGAAGCUGUAUGACGAAGUCAUCAGAGCACAAGAAGCUGCUGAGGCUCAGGGGCAAACUGAGCUCUCAUAUGAAAAAGUCGCGAAUCUACCAUAUCUCAAUGCCGUCAUCAAGGAGACUUUUCGAUUUGAUACAGUCGUUCCUCAUCUAUUCCGGCAGGCUACACGGGACGAUAUACUGCCUUUGUCCAAGGCGAUCAAGACUUCGUCUGGAAAAAUAGUGGACAGUGUCCCCAUACCCAAAGGAAUCAGGAUCGUCAUCUCGAACGUAGGCUUUAAUCAGGAUGAAACAAUAUGGGGACACGAUGCAGGAACCUGGAGGCCUGAAAGAUGGCUCGAUGGAACCGUUGAGAGGUCUGUUUGGAACAAGAAUCAGGCUUUAGACGGAGAUGCCAAUAUGAACCUCGGCGUGAUGAACAACCUGAUGUCGUUCGGUUCUGGUCAUCGUGGAUGUAUCGGAUGGCGAUUCGCUUUGGUGGAGACGCAAAUUUUCCUUUUCGAAAUGAUCAGGAAAUUUAACUUUGAAGUAACGGAGGAUACCAAAGAAGGGAGAGUCAGAAGAGAGAAUUGUCUCGUCACUCAGCCACUGGUAGAAGGCAAGGAGGUGGGAUCGCUGCCGAUCAGGAUAAGCGCAGCUUAA